GUUUCCUGAUUCUUUAGUCACAGGGAGAAGCUGAGUGUAGAAAGACACUUGUUGUCUGUGUCCCUGUUUGGAGGUGGAGGAGGCAGUGUGGGGAGCGAAGGAUACAGGGAACCAAACACAGGAAGGCUCUCUCCAGUGUAGAUGCCUCUCUGUCAUUCUCUGUAAGCCCCUCAAACCCAGUGAGCUACAAAUCCACCCUGCUGUAGCCCCAUAUCUCUGCCCAAGCCUCAUUCAGAGGUUGGGGUCAGUGAAUUUUUAUCUCAGGUUAUUUGAGUUCAAAUAUACAUUGGGCACCAUUUUGUUGUGGUAAAUCUCCAACCCAAAUAUGCUCAGGCAAUGAAAACACAACUCAGUUAAUAUGAAUACAUGCUGUGCACCUAGAUUGGGCAGAUCUACUGCUAUACUACCAUCUUCCACAUCUAUGAGAGCCCUUAGAACUUGCAAUUUCUCCAGGCCAUGUAAUUCUGCUCCACUUUUCUUCUUCAUCCUCUCCCUAUUCCAUUUUCUCCUUCUUCCCUCCCCCACCUUCCUUUCCACCUUCCCUUUAUUUGCCCAUUCAUCAGCUCUCCUUUAUUUUACAAAUUAAGGUAGGAAGAAGGUUUACAGGAAAACACCAGAGUGCUGACUCUUUCCUUGUUCACAACCCUUCUCAGGAGAAUGGUUUAUCAUCAAAUAUAGUUAGCCCCAGGGCUAUCCACAUCUUCCCAGUUCUCAGAAUCAUACUAACAAUACAUACAAACUUCUGAUAUCCACUGUCACAUUGCAUUCAGUGAAAGCCCCCAGGUGUACCCUCCCCCAGCCUUGAGCAGGCUGACUCAGACCUGCUCUGCCACUGCCAGCUAGCCCACCUAGGGUGGAAUCUUCUGACCUAAAUAAGGUUUAUAGUUCUGCCACAUCUGUGGUUUUCUCCAAGACAACACUACCUGCUGAGAAGCUGAACCUGUCUUCCGGAGGCGAUCUAGACAAAGCAACAGCCUGGCAACAGAGUGAUGAGAGCCUGGCAACAAAGCAAGGAGAGCCUGGCGUGGUGGGGGAUGGGCUUUCCCCUUUUUAAGUUCAGACUCAAAAAGUAAACUUUGGGCCUUGAUCAGUACUUGUUUUGGUCUCAUUCUUCUCUCAUCUCUCUCAUGCAGCCCCAGCCUUCCUUUCAGGAACUCAGUUCAUGUAGCUGCUGGCGGCUACACCCAGGGACAGGCUUACCCUGUCUGUCUGUAGUGUUUGUUAAUCUGGAAACAGGAGCAGCUCACAGAAGUCCACCCGCCUCCACCACUGCUGUCUGCCUCAUACUCACAGUAAGGCUUGAAAAUGGCCCAUUCCCCUUCAUACUGAGAUACAGUGUCCACAAGGAGGACAGAGUAUACUGGGUUUGCAUAUGUAUCUACUUGGACAACCAUUAGUAGAUCCAAAUAAAUCUUUUCUAUCUUCUCAGAAGCAACCUUUAUGUGUAGAAAGACAGGAACAGACUCAGGCCCACAACCACAGGAUCAGGGAGUGUGGGGAAAGCUGUGUACCUUCAUCGAGGAGCCCACCAGGAUUGUUACAACUCUGCUAGGUGCUAGUCACCAAUGUCCUCAGUUUGACCUCCAGUCCCCCUCCCCCUCCACAAAGAUGGAGAAGGUGAAGCCCUUCUGGAUGAGGCAAAAAAGGUCUGGCCAAAGACCUUUUCUGUGAUAUGAAAGUAUCUCUCUAAAAUUCACUUUUGACACUCUGUCCCCAGAGCAGCAGGGUGGGGCCUUUGUGGAUGGUCAUAAACAAGGUCUGUAGAGGAGAGUCUGUCGUCUGUCACAGGAUGUGGAGCACACAGCAUGGAGCACUCCUUCCUUAGGGAAGACGUUGCAAGGCAGUGACUGGCAGAAAGGGGCCCAUCCCAUCCCAUCACUAACCUGUAGACUCCUUGAUCUCAAGCUUCUCCCUUCCAGAGCUGUGGCCUUCACAGCACCUGGUUGUGACUCUAGGAAGCCAGCACGGUGAGAUGGAAUAAAGAGCGUAGGCCACUCCUCCUGGAGAGAAGCCCUUAGAUACCCUCAUCCAGCUGAUCGAGAAAACAUAAAGAACAAGAAAUCUGCAUUCAAACUAGGCUGAACAAAAAUGUUUACGCAAAGUGACACUGGGAAAAUAGAGGAGAUUUUCACAACGAACACCAUGGCCUUCGAGACCACAGCGAUCACAUUCUUCUUCAUCCUGCUCAUCUGCUUCAUUUGUAUCCUCCUCUUACUGGCAAUUUUUCUAUAUAAAUGUUACAGAGGUCACAACCAUGAAGAGCCACUGAAGACCCUCUGUACAGGCGAAGGCUGCGUAGCUGCUAAUGCAGAGAUGGACAAACCCGAAGAUCAAGACAAGGUCCUAAUGCACUUUUUAAACAUGGGCUUGCCGAUGAAGCCUAGCAUUCUUGUGCAAAAGCAGAGUAAGGAAGAGAUGGCCACAUCCUUAGGAGACAACAUCAAGGCAGAAGACUACCAAAAGAAACAGACAUAUGAGCCUGUGAAUGCUAGAGAAACCAACCAUGAGGGUGAGCUUGCUGAGAAAAUGCCCAUACAUGUCCACAGAUCUUCAGAUACAGGAAGCCAAAAAAGACCUUUAAAAGGAGUGACAUUUUCUAAGGAGGUGAUUGUUGUGGACCUUGGAAACGAAUACCCUACACCUCGAAGCUAUGCUCGAGAACAUAAGGAGAGGAAAUGAAGUGUAGAAAAAGCUGUGCGGAAAGUGUAACCUUUGACCAGCUUGGAUCGACUGAGGGUACUGGGUCGUGUCAAGGCGGCAGGAGGAUGGGAAGUGAACAAAUACAGACAGGAUUCUACCUUCGUGGAAGAAGAGAACUGUGCAAAAUUCUGUACGUAAAAUACUGAGCUCGAAUAUAGUUUUUAACAAACAAAUCUGAGUUUGGUAAGUUGACUAUAAUAAAUAUCCUUAAAUGUC